AUGGCCGUGGAAGACCUUUCCUGGGGAAGCGUCUUCUGCAGCAGCCAAGGGGAGCUGCGCAGAUCUCAACCUCUGCCUGCGUCCACAUCCACAACCCUCGGAAGCAUCCUGCCGCCGCCGGGAGCGGAGCCGGCCGCCCACUGCUACUGCGGCCACCAGUUCGGCAGCUUUGCGGGGCAGCUUGGCGACGGCGCGGCCAUUUACCUGGGGGAGGUGUUGAACCCGCGAGGGGAGCGCUGGGAGAUCCAGCUCAAGGGCGCCGGACUCACCCCUUUCUCCCGACAAGCGGAUGGUCGUAAAGUUCUACGAUCAAGCAUAAGAGAAUUCCUUUGCAGUGAAGCUAUGUUUCAUCUAGGAAUACCAACAACCAGAGCAGGGACAUGUGUAACAUCGGAUUCAGAAGUGAUUCGGGAUAUAUUUUAUGAUGGGAAUCCCAAAAAAGAGAAGUGUACAGUUGUACUAAGAAUAGCACCAACGUUUAUUAGGUUUGGAUCAUUUGAAAUUUUUAAACCUGCUGAUGAAUAUACAGGACGUAAAGGUCCCAGUGUUGAUAGAAAUGAUAUUAGAAUACAAAUGCUUGAUUAUGUGAUCAGCACUUUCUAUCCAGAGAUUCUACAAACACACCCAGACAAUAAUAUUCAGAGGAAUGUUGCUUUCUUUCGAGAGGUAUCAAGACGGACGGCCAGGAUGGUUGCUGAAUGGCAGUGUGUUGGAUUUUGUCAUGGUGUGCUCAACACAGAUAAUAUGAGUAUACUUGGACUUACAAUUGACUAUGGACCUUUUGGAUUUAUGGACAGAUAUGAUCCUGAACAUAUUUGCAAUGGAUCUGAUAACACAGGACGAUAUGCUUAUAAUAAGCAACCAGAGAUUUGUAAGUGGAAUCUAACCAAAUUUGCUGAAGCCUUAGUCCCAGAACUUCCACUGGAAAUGAGCAUACCCAUUCUGGAGGAGGAAUACGAUGCAGAAUUUGAGAAGCAUUAUUUGCAAAUCAUGAGAAGGAAACUAGGUUUAAUCCAACUCCAGCUAGAUGAUGAUAAUAAGCUGAUCCUCGACCUUUUGGAGACUAUGCACAUCACGGGUGCAGAUUUUACAAAUACUUUCUGCUUGCUAAACUCUUUCCUUGUGGAUUCUGAUCCUUUAAAGCUAGAAGAGUUUCUAGAUCAGAUUUCAAAGCAGUGUGCAUCUUUGGAGGAACUGAAAGUUGCUUACAAGCCUCAGAUGGAUCCCAGACAACUUUCCAUGAUGCUGAUGUUAGCACAGUCUAACCCACAACUCUUUGCUUUAAUUGGAACAAAGUCCAAUAUCAAUAAGGAAUUGGAACGAAUAGAACAGUUCUCUAAACUGCAGCAGUUAACAGCAUCUGAUUUAGUCAGUAGAAAUAAAAGAAACUGGAAAAACUGGCUGCAGAAUUACAGAGUUAGGCUAGAAAAAGAAAUGGAGCACAUUAGUAAUAUUGACACCUGGAAUGAUGAGCGUCUGAAAAUUAUGAAUGCCAACAAUCCCAAGUAUAUCCUGAGAAACUAUAUUGCUCAAAAUGCUAUUGAAGCAGCAGAAAAUGGUGACUUCCUAGAGGUGAGAAAAGUCUUGAAACUCCUAGAAAGGCCAUACGAAGAUUCAGAAGGCUUCGGGGAGGUAUCUGAGGAUAGGGAUGAGGAAGAAGGUGUGACGGCGGCGGCGGCAGCUGUUGCUACAUGCAGCUCAGGAACCCAGGAGAGAAUUCCAUACAGCAGUAAGCCUCCACUUUGGGCUUCUGAGCUCUGCGUGACAUGAUCUUCGUAACUGCCUUGCUAGAGUUUUCCACAAAGAGAUUGCAAAGCUCUCAGGGGUGGAAAGGCAGCAAGGCGCAACAGAAGUGCUGUUAGGUCUGAAACAGACCGUUUGGAUGUUUUCCUGUCUCAUCUGAGCCACGUUUCUUUUAUCAGAUGUGACAAUCAAUUGUCUGGGCACCCGCUUCAUGUGCUGGGAGACCAAGCAGAUGAAAGUUUAUCUUCUCUCUUGAGCAUGAAGCGCUAUUAUAUUUUUUAUGCAUACUGGCCGGCGAACAUCCAAAUGAAAUCUGUGUUUGUGAAGACAAAAAUAUGAAACCAGACGCUGGGUGUAUUUUUGUCUGAGAAUGAGCUACUAGUACUUCAGAGCUGUGUUUUUAAUUUUUACUUAUGCAGGGGUAUUUUGAUUCCGUCUCAUUGGGGGGCGAGGUUAAGUGCGCUAUUACUUUUAUUUUGAAGCUGUGUUCCACUUAAGUGGGUUGUUCAUGUAUUGUGAACCUUUGUGACUCAAUCAUGAUUGUUGAAAAAUUAUCACUGGGCUUUAGGGAAAUAGCAAUACUGUGCACUGUAAAAAAGCAAGUGCAAUUCAGGCAAAUAGUUUCAACAACUCCAUCACAUAUGGAUGAGGAUAAUCUACAUACACAUGGAUGUGCAUCCAGAAACCUGAAUCACUAUAUCUCCUGUGGAUUAGGACGCAUACAGCAAAUUCUUCUUUGCUUUUGGUUCAGGGCUGCAUCCUGUUUUCUGGGUCUCUGCAUGCAGUUCCUUUCACUGAAUGAAGAAUACAUAACACCUUAUUCCCCCAAAAAUAGAUUUUCAAAGUUAAUGGCACCAGUUACUUGUUGGAUAGAUGAACAAACUGAAUUUAACUUUGCUACUCUGGUCCUCAAGGGGUGAUUCAUUAGCCCCCUGACUAAAGGUAUAUAGCCUCAGAGUGGCACCUUUAAGCUACAUUACUGUAGUAGGUGAAAAUAUAAAUUGCUGAUUUUAAACAAGCCUUCCGCAUUCCAGUGUUGCACUUUGUAUAGGUCGUGUAUUUUUUGUGUUCCAAAUUUGCUACCUCAGGAGAGUCUUCCGUUUUUCCACUUUUUGCUAUUUGGGGUUAUUGCCCAAUUAUAUUUUAAUUACAUUUGACCAUAGCAUUCAGCGUAUAUUUUAGCUGAAGAUUGUUCAGCAAAGUAACUGGAUGAAAACAUAUCUUUUCUUAUUGAAGAAUACCACUACAAUAAGUGUCUCAGUGGGUGAGUGGCAAUGGCUGCAGUUAGAGGACAUUUUGUCAUGUUUUUAUUGAUUAGAGCUGUGAUGUAUCUCGAAGGAGAUGUGUUUUUUCUGCCUUAAUAAUGAAUUCCUUGAUUAUAUUGAUGAGAAGUUGACAAAUAGUAGAUAGAAAAGAAAUUCUGAAAAAUAACAAUCUGGACUAUUCUUUUCCAUUAAGUUGUACUAUUAGAAGGUUUUAUUUUAUGGCUUUAAUUGUUUUCGGUACUUGUUUGAAUAAAACAUAAUAGAACAAAAGAUGUGGAUGAAAUUAGUCAAGUAAUUUUAUUGGGUUUGGGUUUCAAUUUUUUGGCAAUAAAAAUGCAUCAUGUGAAUGUUUUUACUUUGCUUUAAGUAUUGCACUUUUAAAUGAGUGGUGUUGGUUUCAUCAUAGUGCAUAAAAUCUGAAAGCUAUCACCAUGAUCUAUAUUAAUUGAAAAUAAAUGAAUUUGAUCAUG